UCAUUUCUGUGAGCAAAAGCUUAGCUGGAGUAGCCAGCUCAGAGCCCACAGGACUUUGGCAUGGAUAUUGAUAGCAAAUAUCUGGGGCAGAUGUUUGUUUUGCUGGCACUGGUUCUGUUCAUUACAGCAGUGGUUUUCAAAGUGGGGUGUGUGAGAUGAUCCAUUGGUGUGUGGGAUGAAAAUAUUGCAACUUCAGUCAUACAUGUGUAUACUUUAUAAAGAAAUAAACCUAUCUAUUUUGGGGUGCAUGUGCAAAAAUUUUGUUACUGCUAGGAGUGCAUGAUCAAAAGGUUUUGAGAUGAUUAGAGUGCAUAUGGUGAAAAUUUAGCAUUUGUGAAUACUUUUCCAGCCAAAGGGAAUUAAUUUUUGUAUUGGUAAUGUACAGAUGGUAAGUAUUAAUUUCUUCAUCCUUUUUCUUACAGCUCCUAUUAAGACUCACAGUGUUCAGCUGUACAUUUUGCCCUUUCUAGCACACACUGUCUUCCUGGGGAUACAGCACAAUAUUCUUUUGUACAUGUGCAGGAACAAUUACAGCUUGUAACAGAUCAUUACUGUGUGUGUCAUGAAGCAGAACAUGUGCCUUGCCAGCGUGUUUGCAAUAAGAGGAGGAUGCUCUGGGUGAACUUUCAGGGUAUUAUAUUUUCAUACCUUCACAAUCAAUUAUUGUACCUAUGGUAAAACCUGCUUAAGUAAUUCCUUGAAUUCUGUGAUCAGUUGGUCAUAAUCUAUUUCUGCAUUUAAAUUCUUAGACUUUUUUUGAAAGAGUGGAACCUGGUACUGUUGUGUUCAAGUCAUAAAAUCUCUCCUGACUUUUUUUUCAUAUAUUUUUCUAUCACUGCUGUGGUUAUUUGCAGAGUAUGUUAGUCUGUGUAGCAAAAAAAGUACAUGGUACUUAAAAAUGUACUUCAAAAGUACUUCAAGUUUAUUUUUUUUAAGAACUACAUUUCGCCCUUGCAUUCCCUGGCAUCUUUGCCUGUUUUGUUCCCAGGAAGGUUGGUUGAUUUUGUUUGUUAUUGUUCAUAAUGCUCUUAUUUUAUCUUUUUUUUUCCAGAAGGAGGUUUCUUUGCAAGUUUCUUUCUGCUACUUUACAGGCUGAACAAUUUUGUAAAACUCCCCAUGAGUUGUGGAGAUGAAGAGGAGGAGGAUAAAGACAGCAAAUCAAAUAGGCAGUGUUUGAUUCUUUUCAGCAUUCAGAUUCAACUUUGGCACCAGGAGCAGUGUUUCCAAUUAGCAAUUCUUCUGGGCUGGUAUACAACCUAUACUUAGAUGCUGAAAUAAGUGGGCAGCAUAUUGUGAGCAGCUUAAUGCUCACAACUGCAAUUAAAGUCAACAGAAGCCACAAAUGUUCUUAUCCUAAUAAAUUUAGAUCAGUAAAGUACCUAGAAACACUUUUAGACUCCUCUAACAUACACCAAUUGUAAAUGACUUGAGAAAGCUAAAAGGACCCCUAAGGAUCAUUAUGAACAAGUUUAGGAUUUUUUUUGUUUCCCCUUCCCUUUUCUGACUACUAAAUCCACUACUGUGAUAGGGUUUUGAUAGAAGAAGGCUUAUUUUCAUGUUGUAGUUGGGUCAUUCUGUUUCAAAUGGGGUGAUCUCUGUAUAAGAUAAGCAGAAUUUAGAGUCAGCUCAAUCUUGGUGACAUGAUACAUACUAGAUGUGUUUCUAGUUAUAAUCUGAUUUCAAAGCUUUGCUUUUAAUAAGUCUUGAUACUAAAAACAGUAUCAACAGAAAUAAUAUAAAAUCAACAGAAAUAAUUAAUAAAAUAAUGUGGCAGGACAUUGUUUUUUCUGCAACAGCAAAAUUACUUUUCCCUGUCAAAACUGAAUGAGAGGCAGGAUAAGGAAUCUGCCUGGUGAAUUCAGCAGAAACACAGAGUAAGAGACAGCUCUCCAGCUGGUGCCAAGUUACAGAGUAAAACGUUAUAGUUGGGGAGUCUGCAGAAACUUGCUACAGACCCUAUUUUCUUUUACUGGAAAGCUCUUUUCUAGAAAUUGGCAUUUGUCUUUUACAGUUGCUAAUCUGCCUAGCUGUUGUUACAGCUGCUAGAUCUACAGUUAGGGGAUGGAAGAAGGAAAAAAUUUAACAGGUGUAUAGCUUUAAGGAAAACCUUCAAAGAAAAUAAGUUAUUAUUUGGCCAACAGCUGGAAAGGUUCCAAAGUAAACAGCACAGUGAUUUUUAUUACACUAGUAUGAUUAAAUCAGAGUAAGAUUUGUAUGGUAGCAAUUAAAAAUUAGAUUUUAAUUUUACUAUUAAUAUGUGGGUGAGCCACUAGUUUAAUUCAAGUGAUUUAUAUUAAAAGAAAAAUGUCUGUGUGUAGGUGGGGGGUUUAGGGUUUUCAUGUAGUUUUUCAUGAUUAUAUUGCAGGAGUACCAUGGACUUGUCUUGCUUUUCUAGUUAUGGAUGAGAACCAUACUUUCCUCUUACUUUCACUAUCAAGAGAUUUUUAUUAGAAGUACUCAUCACAUUUUCUUUUUCUCUGCACAGUUGCUUUGUGAAUAUUGUGAGCCUUGAUCCCAAAUAAUUUUGCAGUCCUUACUUCAUGGAAAUUCUAAUCAAUGUUGGCACAUAACUUUUUUGUCCUGUUAACUCCUUCUUAAGGCAGAGUAAAGUUCCUGCCUAGUCUUUUUCUGGCCUUGUUCCUAUUUUUUCUCAAGACUUUUGGACUUGCUGAUAUUCUGUAAGUACUUAUACUGAAUUUUUUUCACAAAAGUUGUUACAAGACAAUAAACAGUGAUUUGGAGAUGGUAUUUAAGACAUGCUAGGAGCCACUUGUGCCCAACAGCCAAAAAGCUACUGGCUGUUAGACCAAACUUAAAAGGAAACAAAUUCCUGGAUUUCUCAGGAGGGAAUGGUGGGAUGUUUGCUGUGGCAGAUGUAGGUGGCUGAGUCAAAAUGUAAAUAUAGCUAACUAGAUUCAUUAACUAGGUCUUCAAAUGCCUACCUUCUAGGGGUGAUAGAGAUGAGAGGGGUGAGUAGGCAGAAAAAACUAUGCCCGGUUGUAUUUUCUGGUGCUGGCUUACAGAAUUAAAUUCUCUUCAUGUUCCCUUUUUCUCUACACCUUAACAAAAUACACUUGGAUAGGAGGCUUUUUCUAAAGCUCUUUUAAUUAAUGUCAUGUAAGGUGGGUUUUUUUAAUUGAGUUUUUGUUGGUGGUCUUGGGAAGAGGGUGGUAGGUUUGGCAUUUUUUAAAGCUUUCUGCUUAUGAAAACUUUAUUAUAUUCUCACUCUAUUUCUUUUAUCACUCCUGCCUUUAAGCUUGGCAUAUGAGGCAACCAGGUUAGUUUCGGUUUGUCACAUUUUCUGGAGUAGGUGUCACCACUGAGAUGGAUUAAAAUUUUUCUCUACUUAAUUUUCCAAGAAAAGGAUCAAAAGAGAAUUUUGCUUUGAUAAACCCUGUUCACUUAUUACAUGUAGUGAAGGCUGCUUACUGCUGUGUGGCCUCUGUAUAUAUGAAUUUGUAAUGUUAAGAUCAGUCAUCACCUAUUAAAAUGUUAAUAAUGGAGGAAGUGUGGAUGCGUGGCAGCCCCGCUGGGUUGUGCCUUACUCAGAGAUGUUUGUUUAAUGAUUCAUAUGUUUGUGGAGUUUAAGAAAAUACUUCACUUCUCUUUAGAAUUGUUAUGAUUAAAGUCUUAUCAUAGAAGUUAACCCCAAAAAUCACAAUAGAUCAGGUGAUUAAAGCUCAUAAAGUAGCACCAGGCAUUUAUUUGCUGCCUUGUGGAACACUAGAAACAAGGAUACCAGAAGGAGAAAGUAAUAUGCUUAUUUUGAUGAUAGAAAUAUGAAAUUUGAAGCAAUGAUGAAUGCUAGACUAAUGUAGAUUAAUCUUAAUAAUUACCUCAUUCUUAUUUAAUUAAUGUUUUUAAAAAAUUAAAACCAGAAUUACUGUUGUAGAUAACCCUGUCAGUGUUUACCAAGUUUGUUAUUCUCUUCUUAUUUUCUACUCUGUAAUAAAAAACGCAGAAAAGCAAUUUCUCAUGAUAUAAUGCUGUGGUAAAAGCAUAAUUUACACAGAAGAAGGAUUUCCAAGGUUCAGAAAAACAUCACCUGAUAGUUUUCCUUGGGGGAAUGUUUUUUGACCCUGCUUCAUGCAGUUGUUAGAUUGAAAACCUUGAUGAGCUGUUUCCUUCAGCCUUCAUAAGAAAUUCAGAGAGCUACAGUGUUCAUCUGAAGUUGUGUGGGAGUUGGUUUUGCUCCUACGACAUUUAGCACUCCUGUUCUUUGGAAAGAGAACAAACAGCAUAUGUAAAACAUCUUGGCUGAAGAUAAUGAUGAUCUUUGGUAUUUUGAUUUGGUCUUACCAAAUAUAGUAUGAGCGAAUGUGCACAUAUGAGAACUCAGAUGCAUAAAAUUUUGGUCAUGAUAGUUAAUUAUUUACUGUAAAAUUAAAGUCAUCUCUUAAGUUUUUAUUCAGACCCCUAGACAUGCAAGUGUAAUACUGAAAGAAAGCCUUGUUCAUGGUGCCAAUAGUGAAAUAGUUAGGAAUGUGUUUAUUAAAAUUUUAUCUGAGCUGUAAGUUCAUAUUUAGUACUUUGUCAUGGAGCCUAGGGAGAUACUAAAGCACAAUAUUUAUUGCUGAUAGAUAAAACUCACCAGAGUGAGAGAAAGUACAGGCUUGGUAAUCUUGUUGGUGAUUAACUCAUCUACAGACUGUGCUAAGGGCUGGACAAAGCAUAGCUGAAAUUUUUGAGUGCUUUGUUCCAGACAAAAUAAAGGACACUGAUUUAUACUAUUUUAAUAAUAUAUCAUAUCUCACACCACUCUGUUUUCAUAAAGAAGUGAGAGUCAAUCAUGCAGAAAAAAAAAAUGCUGUGUCUUUGUGUGGUUUAUUUGACUUAAUUUUCAGCUGUUGGAAAAUUGGGAUUGCAUGGCUGUGGUGUCUCAAAGUGUUGCUGCUGUAGCCUUCUACUCUUGUAGUCAAGAAAUAGAGAAAGGAUAAGUGGGAGCUGUGAAAUGUGGGGAAGAUGAAAAGAAAACAUAAAUACUAGGCUGGCAUUGUUCUGUUUCAUCUGGACAGGUACAGGAGCAUGGAUUGCAUAUUGCUCCUAGGUGCUAAUCUUGAAUGCUUCACUUGAGAACUGUUAUGUCGCCAUUUUAAAUGUAUUUAGAUAAUGAGUUCUGUUUUGUAGGUUUCUUCAUAAUGUCAUGUGUUCUACAUGUGUGAAUGGAAUGCAUUUGAAGAGCAUUCUUCCUCUUUGUUUUUCAUCUAUAUAAUAUACAACUAUGGAAAUUGCAGAGUAGAUUUACCAGCUGUAAAUGAUUGAGCCCUGGUAGCAGAAGCAGCCUAGCUGCAGGCAACUAAUAGGUUAAUUUACCAUUCUAAUCACAAAGUAAUAAUGCCCUUAAAAGUCAGUACCCCAUCUCUAGUGUAUGCAGUGGCUACAUAUUAAAUUCCAUCUGUCAAUUAAUAUUAUACUUUUAGCCUUUUAAUUAAAAGAGAACUUCAAAUUAUAGCAACGCUUGAGUAGGACUUCUCUGAAUGGCUGGAAGGUGAGAGUGCCAGAAAUGCUAGUUUCUUAUUAUUCUCUCUUGGGUUAACCAUAAUUUUGUGUGGAUGCUAAAAGGCAUUUCAGAAUGAUCAGUAGCUUCUGCACAGGUAAGUGGGUAUGAGAAAUAGACUAGCCUAGUAUUCUUAAAAAGAGAUUAAAUUGUGAUGUGUAUAGGUUGUUACCUGCUGAAAUUUUUGUUGCCACUACUCAUGGUAUCCCUUGUAAAUCUGGGGUCUCUGCUAUGGUAGACAGAGAGAAUAAACAGUGCUAUGCUAGUGUCACCAGCUCCCAUGGCAAUGUUUUCAGCCUUGUACUGUUUGACGCUUUCAUUGCAAUGCCAGGCCCUCAGAUUUUCUUGUUUGUGUAAGAGUUUUCCCUUUCUUUCCAUUGAUGCAAAGGCUAUCAUGGGACUUUGAAUCCCAAAAUUUUAGAAAUCAAAAAAUGAAGUCCAAAAUUAGCUUUUGAUGUCAGUCCCAGGGUAUUUUUGGUAUUUGACUUGUGAUCUUUCUGGACUGCUGAGAAACACUUUUAGAGUAGUUUAAAUUUUAUACUGCCUUCAUUUUGGUGACUUCUGUUACUGCAUAUUUUCUUUUAGUACAAGAAUAGGCAGAAUUUGCAUUUAAAAUGUGGGUGUCAGAAAGUUAAAUACCUACAGAAAAGCUCAGCAGGUACAAAUGAUCCUACUUACUCUGUGGCAUUUUUUGUAUUCAGGUACAGAAAGCUAGCAACCCACACUGGAAAACCUUAAGUACACCCUAGUGAAUAACCCCCCAGCUCUAUUUGAGGCUGAAGCAAUUGAACCCUGUAGUAUACAAGAUUUUAUAUUAUCUGAUACAGCAGUGCUAGAAUAAGGUGCAGAGGGUUUAUUGGGUGCAGUGGCAUUGAUUCCUGGUGGUGUUUGAAAUGAGCACUGGGAAGAUAGAUUUAUAAGAAAGUUGCUCCUGCUAUGCUGGCUUUUGUGUUUUGCUCCCUGCCAUUGUGUGCAGUGGUAGCUUCAAGCAGGUGCAGAGCAGGCACCAGGCUCUGCUAACACUGAAAGACUUCGCUAUUUGGGACUAAAGCCAGGACUAGGUGGUGGCUAUAGUGCCAGGAAGGGAUCUGUAACAACUUUUGCACUACUUCCCUAGCUGGGAGCUGAGAAACAGGGUUGGUGUGGACACAGCCUACCAAAGUACACACAUUGCUCGAUGACCUUUUCAACCUGGCAGGCUCAGACUGCAGAACUUUGUGUGAUGGAGACUGAGAUCAUGGUUAAUCACUGCUGAGCUGGGUGUAGGUGGAAUUGUCAAGUGCUGGUCCUGUCAUUAUGUUGAAACAAUGAUUUCAUUAGCUGUCAGAAAGCUGUUUGGCAAGUCCCCUCAUGUGGGUUCCCUCAGAAAAGUUGGCUGGAGAGUGACCCCUCACAUGGGAAGCAUUUGAAGCUCAGCUUGCUAGAAGGCUGAGAGAGUGCCACGUUUGCCCAGGCAGAUCAGGUGCCAAGAAUUAAUUAGUUUUGUCCUGUGAUACAGCAGAAACACAGAAGUGGCUCUGAUCUUGCAAAUGGCUGUGCAGGUGGAGUCUUGCACUGUGGUGAGGUCUCCCAUAAUUAAAAAGCUUUAAAUCAGAGGUCAGAGCUCUUUUGUGAACUGAGGUACCAAAAACCUCCAAAACUGCCAGGUACCAGAUUUCCCAAGCUUGUUUAGAAACAAGCAGUUUAAAAUAUUAAAAUAAAAGAACACAUCUACUUUGUUGUUGAGACUUGUUGGAUUUUUCCUUAAACUGGAAGGGGGGAUUAUUUUGAUUUUUUCAUUUUGUAUUUGACAGUGCAUGAGUGAAACCACACCUGAUGCAUAUGUAAUGAAAAUACAAGAAGGAUGACAGUGUUUUUCUCUAUGGUACUCCUGUUUGUGAUGUGCUGGAAACUGGGUUUAUUAUUUUAAUAAGCUCUUUCUUUUUGUUUCUACUAUUUUUCUUGGCAUAUUCCUGGUGGAGACUUUAGCUGCUGGUUUGAGAAUUCUUUCUAAAAGCAAUGCUCUUGCCUGCUGGGCAAACUGUUUCUGCUGCAAAUGUAAAACCAUUAAUUCCUGGCAUAAUUCUAAACUAGUAAUAGUGGAUUGACCUUGGAAUCAAGAUCCAAAUUCCUCUGGGGGUUCAGAUUUCAUGCUGAGCUACAAAUUGAGAGAUGGCUUUUAUAAUCCUGUGCUAUGUCAAGGAAGACAUGCUGGUCAGCUUACACUGAGAUUUCUGGUCAACUUCCAUGUUUUACUUUCUUCCAAAACAACCUCAUUCUUUUAAUAAAAAGUUAUGACAUUGUAGUUUGUUAGACUGUCCUGGCAUCUUACUGGCAAUAUUACUUUUUUUCUGUCAGUUCUGCUUUUGAAAAGGAUGCAGUCUUUGAGGAGCUGAAUUCAUUUAAAUACCUUAGUCCUGAUGGUUACAGAAAUCUCCUUAUGGAACACUUGUGGUCAGCAGCUUGUGGUUAAGUGGAAGGAAGCUACAGAGUAGGUUGCUUGCAACCAGGUCUCCCCUGUUCUUGGUCCACUCUUUUUUAUCAUCAAUGGUCCCAGAAGGGUAUUUUAACAGACUCAUGCCCUUUAAGGCCCCUUACUCAAUGUCUGUGCUAUCCCAGACUGCUGUGAACAUCAACCAAAUGCCUGGCUUUCCUUCAAAGGAGUAGGAGAUUUAUGGCUGGAUGGAGACCCAGUCAUCAUCUCUUCCUUCAUGCUCCCCUGCUUGGAAAGUCUUGUGGUGCCAUAUGGGUAGUAAGAACACUCAUCAUCCUUCCUCAGAUGGUUUACCAACCACAAACAAGCUGUGUUUUUCUCUCAUAUGCUCAGCUAUCUCUGACAUGAUGCACAUACUGCAUUAGGCAGCUAGCUUACCUUUUUUGUCCUCUUUCCUGAAAAAUCUGUAUUUGUUUACACCAGAAUUUCGGUUAUUAUUAAUAUUUAAAUAAUAUUUGGAGAAUUUUGUUAUAUUUCCAGUGGUUUCUGCUCUUUCUUGAUGCUUUAUACAUCCUUUAUUUAAGGUUUAGAUGUUUCAGUUGUCUCUCAUUAUUGACAAGCAUUUUCUAUGACCAGACCUGGCACUAUCACAUUACUGACUGCAAUGCCUCCACUUGUGCCUCUUGCUUGUUUUGCCCUACUUGCUGUUUUAGAUGCUGGUUUUAGUUUUCCAUUGUCAUAUUUGUAAGCUUUUUCUCUCACAUUUUUUAGUUUAAGUUGAGUCUAUGAAUCAUGACAGAGAAGGCUAGGACUGGCUCAGGAACAUAUCCUCCCCCCCUCACCCCUCCACCCAUCCCCCCAUAAAUAUUUGUCUCUGUGAUCAAAUAUCCUUUAUCCUAGAGCUUUCUGCUUAGUCUUUAUCUUGCUGCACUGUCUUUCCCUUCCUUAAAAGCAAAACCUGAGGUGUUUCAUUCUGCGGUGGUGAAAAUCACUCGCCUCAGCCUGGAUCUGUGCAGGAUUGGCUGAGGAUGGCAGAAUAAAAUAAGAACACAAGGGAUUUCCUCAAUCUCUUUUCCCAUUAAAAUGUAUGCUGCUUAUGCCUUCUGCCAGUACCUGUGCUUAAUCUCUGCAUUGAAUCUGGGAGAUUUUGUCUUUGGGGAAAAAAUUGGUAAUGGGAGAGAAGAAGGUUAAUUGCCACCAGAUUCAUAGAAAUAAUUUAUACUAUCAGCAAAAGAGAGAGCUCUCAUGCUGCCCACAAUAAAAUUCUGACAUGAAAUGUAUUAAUCGGUCUUUAAUGUUAUCAUUAUAUGUCUCACAAAAUAAUAAGGGAAAAGAUAAAUAUAUUUUGACUUUUUUUUUGUUUUAGUUUUUUAAUCUAGUUCAGACAAAUAAUUUUCUUCACAGGUGUCUUCCCAGUGUUUCCUGUAAAAUGUGACCAGGAGAAGGAAUAUACUAUGGUGAUACAAUUCAUUGCACAUUAGAAGUGUAAAUACUCAGUACUAUUAAGUUCCCUGAGUAAAAGUAUGCGGUGCCUUUGGAUGGAAUAAUGCUUUAUUUUAUUUUACUUAUGGCUUCUAUUUAAUUUAGAGUUUUAGUACUGGAUCAUCUUUUCACAUCAGUUGAUGGGUUUACUCUGAAAGAAAGGCCUGUGACUGCCUGGCUAUUGGGCUGUCCAGAAGGCUAGAGGUACAUUUUUCCUGCAGCUGUCCUGUUUAUGUAGAUCUGUAUUACCCUGAAGUACUUUACAUAUGCAUUCAAGAGCAUAUUUAAAAUCAGAGUAAAUACAAGCCAUUUAUGGUAUAGUAUGUAUGAACUGUGACUGAACUACCUGUCCAGAGUCCAAAGGAUUUUCCCUUUUCUGUGUGCAGGGGUACUCUUUAACUUCUGAAGAUUAUAAUUAGUAUCAAUAUAAACGUUUUCAAAUAGCUGGUACCUUCUGCAUUUACAUCACUUUAGUAGCUGAGCACGUAGGUCUCUUAAAUAUUUUAAGUAUCGUAGAAGCCCAGAGGGUAGGUCGAUGCUCCCAUCUGUCUUGCAGGAUGUAAAGUGACAUUCUGAAGGUGAUGCAAAUAUCACAGAAGAGUGUACCCAGAAAUGAAGCUCAUUGCCAUGCCUUUCAGUUCAUUUCCCCUAGAAAAAGUCUCUGUUCUUAAUUUGUCUGAUACAACUCAAUUUAGAUUGUGAUUACUUAGGCUCGAACCUGGAGUGGUCCGUGUAUAGAAAGUGUAAAAAUAGAGUUGUUCUUCUAAACUAAACAAUCCACUUUCACAGAACUCCUAACAGGAUGAAGCUGCUACAAACCACUGGCUGUGUCCCUCCAUCACAGGGUACUGCACACCACCAAGUAGCUCUGCACAGGACCUGGUGACUUGUGCUUCACAAAAAACACUUCUGCCAGAGAGGAUCCAGCCUUGAUCUGAAGUAUUAUCAAGAGACUGAUAAUCUGCUGCUGUCUGUGGCGUGUCUAUUUGCAUCAAAUGCCUGUCUCUGCUGCCUGAGCCCUCACCACCAUUCCCAGUACAGGUUGUGCUGUGCAGGCAGACCACCCCUCAGACUUCAGGGCUGAUAGUCAAAACAGAGGUGCCAAAAUCUGAGCUGUUGUCUCCAGUGUUUUGAACACUGCUUUGGCUCUUUCUUUUGCACCUCCAGGUUUCCACAAUGUAAUUUUAAAAAUCUGGAGACUAGAACUGAGCUUGUGAUUCCAUUUUUGCUCAUACUUUUUUUUUUUUUUUUAAAGGAUAAGAAAUAUUGGAGGAGUAUACUGUCCCUCCUUGUCGUACUUGCUAAUUCAGGCUUGCUGCUGGAGCCCCCUUCCAGGUCCAGGCCUGUGGGACUUGAAAUGCAGGCUUUAGUUUCAGCGAUAUGACUAUUAUUUGUAAUCCAGUCACUUUCAGUUUUACAUUUGACGCUUUUAUAUUGUGCAUUUUAUUGUGCAUUUUCUUUCUCUUUUCCCCCUUCCAGGUCAGCAGUGAGGAAACAUGUUUUGGUUUGUUGUUCUUUUCAAAUGGACUCAAGCUGCAGUGAUUUAGAUCUCCUAUAUUCACGGUGUCCUCAUUCAUAUUUCCAAUAGUCUAAGUUACCAGCUUCAAAUUCUGAAAUGUUUAUUUCCAACAUUGAUGAUUUACAGUCUGAAACAUCACUUUAAAAAAUAUGAUUUGAAGGAAUUUUCCUAUUUAAUCAGGUAUGUUGAAGACCUGACAGAUAGCCUAAACAUUAGUCCUAUACUUUACUGCAUAUCAUAGCUGAGUGUGUAAUUUCAGACACUGAAGACAAAACAUGGUGGAGGUGGGUGAGAGGAAAAGGAAGUAAUUCUUAUGUUCUGGCUAUUUACUUGCAUGGUUUGUUCCAUUCUUCUAGUUUCUAAGUAUGUACUGAACGUGACAUUCAUUGUGUCUAAAAUAGUAGCAGAAAUAGUAGCAGAAUAACCUAGUGGUUGCUAAGGUAAUGAGAACCCACUGUUCCCUUACCAAUUCCUGUAAAUAAAGUAUGGAAUUUAAUUUCACUCUGUGUUACCUGAGGCAGCUCUGGCAUCUGAUAAAACAAACGAUCUUCACAUUCUUCUCCACUUCCCUUCUGAUUUUCAUUGAAAUACUGAGCUGUUUCUCUUUUUGUAAAUAAAUGAAGCUGCCCUGCAGAUGGUGGGGUAGAAAGUAGCCUAAGAAUUACAUCUUGUGUCUUGCACCUGUUUUCCCUCUGUGACUUUAAAUGUAUUUGUCUUCGUGCUGAAACACUACUAUUGCACAUGAUCAGGGCUGAAGAUUUAACAGCCAUAAGAGUUCCUCUUUGUUUUCCUCUUGAUGCAGAACUUGCAUGUUUGUUAUCUGUGCCUGUGCUAUGGAUUGCAAGCACAGCAUGAGUGUGGAUCCAAGAUUUAUUUCUUUAUCAAAGAAAGGAAGGUUGUGUCAAAAAACAAUAUGGUAAAUCCAGGAAUUUGCAAAUGCUGGACACCAGUAGAUGGUGAGAUACUUACCUGGUGAAAUGAUUCUUGGCAAGGAUUAUUACUGGCCUUGGGAGUGCAGGCAGCAAACGAAAUCCAAAGGAGCUCUGACUGCCGUGCAACCAGGCAACACUACACCCCAGACCAUCUUGACUUUGUAAUGGAAAAAGAGAAUCCAUAUCAAGCUACUUAGCAGCUAAUCAAUCACCCGAGUCCACCAGGCUGGGCACUGAAGAUUGAAUCUCUUACAUACAUGAAGAGGAAGAAGAAACAGCUGGGGCAUGGGAUGGAGUUAUGCUUGGAAUAAGAAAAUCUGCUUUAAGAGAGAGGCAGCUUGUUAUGCUGCAUUAUGGAAUGGCAGAACUCUUCCUGCUCUUUUAAGCCACAAAUUUUUGUCUUGCUUGUGUUACACUGAUAUCAAGUUAUGGGUCACUUGCCACAAGUUGCCACAAGUGAGUUAUUUUAGCCUAGUAGCUGUCUGGAUAUCAAGACUUUAUAUACAAUAGUCUUUCUGCCCAGAGAAGUAGAGUGGGAGGUGAAGUGGACAGCUGGCAUAAUAUAUGGACACUUGAACCCGGAAAUGAAAGACAGCUGCUGGAUCUAAUUUUAAACACAGCUCUUGAUCAGAUCCCUCUAGAUCCUGCUUGUCCUGCUACAGCAAAGUCAUUAGUGGGAGUAGAGAGACAAGAAGUUGAAGAUACUGGUAAAGAGCUUUUGUGAGGAAGGGAAUCACCUUUGUUCCAGUUAUGGUAUUUCCAUUUUUCACAGCAAGCUCAGAGAUACCAAAAUUGCGAAAGGAAGACCAGAAAGCACGAAACGCACUCUUGGCUGAUAUCCAGCAGGGAACUCGCCUAAGGAAAGUGACCCAAAUCAACGACCGCAGCGCACCACAGAUUGAAAAACCCAAAGGAGCUAACAGAGAUGGAGGUAACCCAGCUGUUAAUAAAGGUGGCUCUCAGCAGCCUCUGGGAGGUUUAUUUGCUGGUGGCUUUCCUGUUCUCAGACCAGCAGGCCAGAGGGACAUGACAGGGAGGCCCGCGGGGCAGCUCUCCGGAGGCCGCGCAGCAUCCCCCAGACCCUGCGCCCCGCCGAGCAGCGGCGCUGCCAAGGCGAGCAGCAGCCCCUCGCCCCCGGCCGAGGGCCCGAGGGCAGCUGCGCCGCCGGAGCUUCCCGGCACCUCCCGAGCAGCAGCGGGAGCGAGCCCCGGGCGGCCCAGCCUGCCCGCACCGCCUCCCCCGCCUCCCGCUGCCGGCAAGCCUUCCCUCACCUUCCCUCCUCCUCCCCCCGUGCCCCCUCCGAACGACCGCCCUGCCAAGGCGGGGAGCCCCGGCGCUGCCGCCCCGGCCCCGCUCCCUCCCCCGCUCCCUCCCCCUCAGGCUGACAAACCCGCCAAGCCUCAAGCGGGAGCUUCGCACCCGCCCCCGCCGCCUCCUCCUCCUCCUCCUCCGCUGCCCCCCGUGCCCCCCUGCGGGCACCCGGCCAGGGCAGCCGAGGCCUCCGCGGCCUCCGCUCCGGCCGAAGGAAGGGACUGUCCCCUGCCCCCGCCUCCCCCGCCCCCGAACCGGCUCUCCUUUCCCCCCUCCCCGGCCUCCAGCGGUGCCGACGUGCCCCCUCCGCUGCCCCCCAAGUCUCCCCACUUGCUGUCGCAGUUCCAUAAGCCAAGCAACAUCCAGUCGCUGCCGCUGCCACCCACCCCCGGCCCCCCUCAGCCCGCAGCCGUGGGGGAGACCAGGAAGAAGAGACCCGGCCGAGGCGCAGGAACCGGUGCUGGGAAGCUGGUCACACCUCCACAGCCACCUGCAAGAUCCCCAACAACUGAACUUACAAGCAAGUCUGGAGUCUCAGCUUGGGCUACAGCUCAUGACCCCUACACACCACUUAAAAAUGGAAAUAUGCACAUCAUUGAUGACUUUGAAUCAAAAUUUACUUUCCAUUCUGUGGAAGAUUUCCCUCCACCUGAUGAAUUCAAACCAUUUCAGAAAACAUAUCCCAGCAAGAUACCCAGAGGUAAGUUUGUAAACAUGGAAAGAUCUGAUCAUUAUCAAGAGGUUUAAAAAUGAGGAUGCUAAUUAAAGAACUGAACCAGCAUUAGCAUAACUGGACUGCUAGCACUGCACAGAGAGGAAUGGGAUUUGUCACAGUGGCAACAGGGACCAAAAAUAUAUUGAAAACCACUUAGUUACUUUAGAGUCUUAGCUAAAAACAAAUUAUGUGGCUGAACAUGCAGCUUGUGUUUUUAGAUUGCUAAAUUUACAAGGCCUGUGACAUUAAAAACAGUCAUAUUGUAAAAACAGACUUGGGAAGCUAUUGAGUUUGAUUUUUUUGUUUACUAACUUGUGAAAUCACAGAGAAAGAUUACUUGAUCCAUGUCUUCUAUUAUGUAUUUUGAUUUAAAUCCUAUGCAUGGUGUUUAACACACCUGAGUAACAAUGAGCCUGGACUUUGUCAGGAAGUGAUAAAUGGCUGAACCUUGCUUUAUUCUUUUUUCUCCUUUCUUAACUUAGUGCUUAGAAUCAGGUCACUGAUGUAAGAGCAGUUCACCUAUCCAGUUUUGAAAAUGGGUAGUUGAAAGUACCAAAAGAUCUCAUGCCCAUAUUCUGCUUUUUUAUAAAACCUAGUUUUCUGAAUUAUUAGAUCUCCAACUUUUAAUUAACCUUUUGUUUUGUCUCCAUGCUAAGGUACUUAGCAUGAAUUUUCAUAGUAGCCUCAUUCAGGCUAAACAGUCUCCUGUAUAUUCUGAUUUUUACUGAAGGGCUGCAGAGCACAAGCAAUAUGUGUGUGUAUGUAUGCAAACAUGUGUAUGUAUAUAUCGGGGUAGCAGAUAAAUGCAAUGUCCCUGCUAUAUAACUGCAUCCAAAAUACCUAUUUAAAAUCUGUCCUAUCUAUUUACAGAUCCCUCUAAAAAUCCUCCAUUAAGAACACACGUGAGAUGAGAAGAGUCUUCUGAUUUCUCUGGGCUAGCGU